AUGUCGGCAUCUCAAUUGCCUGGUGGUGAAUGCGCAAGCAUUCUUGAUAGUAGCGUCAACAAGAAGAACACAGCCGAAUUCACAUGUCUGAAUGGGUUAAUCUCGACUCCUCUUGUGGAACAGUACCUGUUCCACAAUUCUCAGCUACCGCGACCCCAUGUGGAUAGGAUGUCCCCAGAGGAGAAGAAGAAUCUGAAAGCCCACGUACCAGGUGAUCUCUACCAUAACAGCGAUGAUAGAACGGCAGUUGCUACAAAAUUGAAGUCGGAGGACCCAGCUGCCGCAGCAGAAUUCAAAGCAGACCCAGUCCACUACCAGGCAAGACAGAUUCUAAGGAAUAACUCCAACUAUCCUAACAAUAUGAUUGAAGACAAGGAGGUCGUGGCCCUGAAAAUACAUCUGGAGAAAUUCCGUGCGAAGCUCGCCCGCGAAAUUGAAUUGAAGGUCAAAUCGGUGCUUGUCUUGGAGUUCAACAUUUUGAACCUGAAAGAUGAUCUGGGAAAUCCACUACAAACAUCCUCUCUAGACGACUUAAGGAUAAUGGCGACAUCCAAAGAGCAUGGCUCAGCGGUGAGAGAAGCCAUUGAGCACCUUUUCCAAUACCCCCUAUGGCCUGCCAAAGGUAUGAGAGGUGCGAAGCACAACCGUGACGCCCUUGCUAAAACUUUAAGCGAAGCUGCCAAUCUCGUGUUCAUCACAUCGGGUAAAAGUUGCAUCAUCAAACAGAUUGGAGACCAGCUUACGCAAGUAAAGCGUAAAGUUCUGGGCAAAACAGGAAAGAACACAAAGAAUACACCACUUGCUCCAACUACAACUAGAGCCAGCAUCCCUUGGCAAACAAAUAAUACCUUCCUUACCAACAUCCCACCAACCCACAAUCAAGCCUUCACACCCAAUUCAGCUGUCAACUACCUUAAAACCUCACCUCCUUACAACAAAUCGAACUUCAAUGAAAUAUCCGGAGACGAUCUUGUAGGUUUCGGCACACUUGUAUCUGAUCAUUUCUUUGCCUCUCAAGACGGCAUACCUACUGAACCAAAAAACACCCCCAUGGUUGCCACAUUAGGUGAAAUCUUCUACAGCGAUGACGAUGACACUAAUAUUUUAAACGGUCCGUUUGAAACCAAAGACCUCCAAAAAUCUGAAUUGGCUGCAUCACAAGAGCGCAAUCCAAAGCAACUCUUUGAGAGGCAAGUAGCAAAUUUGACAUACAAUAACACAACAAGAAAGGACAUCGAAGCCAUCGUUGCACAUGGAGUUACUCAACAGAAUUCGUUGGUUACAACAGCAAAUGCACCCAAAACAAAGAGCCAAAAGAAGAAAAUCACUAAGGGCCAACAAAAGAAACCACUGGAAACAGCUAUGUCGAAGAAUGCAGAUGACCCAAAGCAAUCAAGAGACCACGCAGAAGACCCUGCUCCGGUUCAAGAUCAAGCCGACCAUCUUUGCAGCGACCAUCAAACAAAGGUUUCUGAUUUGAUGUGUUAUGCAUCAGGCGAUCUUGGAAGGUAUUCUGGUAAUGUGACAUUCUCCAAAUUUGUUGAAAUAUCGGUUUGCCAAGGUUGUAAGUGCGGUUUUGGUCAGGUCCUCAAGACAAGCCUGUCUCUACACACAUGUCAGCAAUGCUACCUCGCCCUCGAGGAGGAUUCUACCAGAAUCAAGUCUGCGGUUUGGUUAUGCGGCAAGUGCCAACAAACCAUGAUGGCCAAAAGUGGUAGGCGAAGAAAACAAACCAAACUAAUGGAUUACAGUACACCAGGUGGCGGGUGA